AUGGCUGACGCAGGUCUGAUACAGACCAGUUUAAUCUGGAUCACCUACGCCGUCGCCGUGGGCCUCUGUCUCCUAGCUGCCAUAAUCACGACCUUCACAUGGCAGACGCCGCGCGAUCGCUCCGCCGUCGUCAGCAUCGUCGCCAUCAUCAGCCUCACUUCGCUACUGGCCACUGUCCUGCUCUUACCCGUCGACAUCGCUCUCGUCUCGGCCACGGGCUCCGUGUCGCAAGGCACCAAGAAGGACUGGGCCACGCCAGAGAGGGUCGGGAGCAUUCUGCUGACUCUCAAGAUUGUCUACUACAGCUUGUACAGCGUCGACGCGCUGCUUUGCCUCGUCAUCAUUCCGUUUGCCUACUUUUGGUACGAGGAAUACGAUGAGAUCGAGUUUGAAGAGGAAGGGCGAACCUGGCAAAGCCGCUUCUUGGCCUCUGUCAAGUACACCUUGUUCUUCGUGGCCUUUGUCGUCGUCUUGUUCCUGCUUGGCUUUUUCGUUCCGUCGCCCGGGGAUCCCUCCCACGGACAGCGCUGGGACCUGGACUAUUUCAAGCAUCUGCUUGCGGUGAGCCAUGCCGAAAAGGCAUUGACCUUCGCCCUCGGCCUUUUGGUGACUCUGGGAACACUGCUGUAUGUCGUCUACACCGGCUCGGGGCUCGCCCUGAUGCCCGUGUCUCUGAUCAAGUCCGCCCCGGCCAUUUCGGCCCCGCAGCUGUCGGCAACGACCGCCUCGCAGCUCGAGCAGAACCGCGAGCGCCAGCGCCAGCUGGAGAUGCGAAACGUCGGCCGUCAGGAGGGCAUGUCUCGCAAGGACCGUCGAGAGCUGGAUGCGCUCGUGAGAGAGGAGCAGACCCUUGUGCGCAGGGAGCGCCUCGCCGCCGAGGCCCAGGGAGAAGGCAGGAGCAAAGUGUAUCAGGCUUGGCUCAAGAUUUGCGUCUUGCUGCGGCCGGUCAAGAUGCUGGGCGGAAUCCUUCUGCUCGUCGUCUCCGUCCUCGUCUGGGUCUCCAUGCUCAUCACGGGCAUCGACAAGGCCAAGAACUCGGUCUGCAAACAUCGAUGCGGAUACAUCCUCGGCCGCAUCCACAUCUUCCAGCCGCUCAACUGGGCCUUUGUCAAGCUUGCCCGCGUCUUCCCCCUCGACUAUGUCUUGAUGGCGCUGCUGAUCCUGUUCCUCUUCAGCAGCACCAUCUCCGGCAUAGCCGCCGUCGGCAUCCGCUUCCUCUGGAUCCGCAUCUUCCAGAUCCGACGGGGCCGCACCGCGCCUCAAGCUCUGCUCAUCGCAACCGUCAUGCUGACGCUCGUCAUCCUGGCCAUCAACUACGCCGUCACCAUGUUGGUCGCGCCGCAGUACUCCAUCUACGGCACACAAACCUUUUGCUCCAGCAAGCCCGACCACCCUGGCGCGCAGCCCUCUUGCAGGGAUCGUCCCGACCUGAUCAAGCCGUGCUCCGAGGCCUUGAACGUUGCGCACGCCAAAGACAUUUGCACACCUUCCGUCAUGUCCACCUUUCUCAACCGCAUCAGCAUCACGUGGCCGUUCUUUGGCAUCAUUGACUUUUGGGCGCAAUUUGCCUUUUUGGGCGUGUUUUUGAUCGUCUUCCUCACGGCCCUGGUGCGCAGCCCCAAGGUGAGCAUGACCGAGCUGGACGAAGAUGCCGAGGCAGACGAAGAGGAGAGUCUGCUGGCUGCGACGGGUCGACGUUUCAAAGCCACCUGGGACGACGUACGGGGCAGGCCGCACGGGUAUGGAUCUGGCCGGGUCGAUGGAGGAGACGGCACCUCGUCAAGGGCCUGA